CAACAACUUAUUGGAAACAUGCCAAUGCUUUUUCUAAAUAAUAUUACAAAAGGAUUUGUUGCAAAUAUACCUGCGAAGCUUGAGAUAAUGGAGCAUUGUUGUAGUGUCAAGGAUAGGAUAGGAUACAAUAUGAUUACUAAUGCAGAGGAGAAGGGGAUUAUAGCACCAGGAAAAAGCAUUUUUAUGGAACCUACAAGUGAAAACACGGGCAUUGGUCUUACAUUUAUCGCUGCCUCAAAGGGAUAUAAGCUCAUCCUAACAAUGUCUGUCUCAAUUAGUUUGGAGAGACGGGUAAUUCUCAAAGCAUUUGGAGCGGAGCUUGUGCUAACUGAUUCAAAGAAGUUUCAGUCCACAACCGCACUCUAUUGUGUGUAUCUUUAG